AUGGAGAGCAGGAUCAGACCCCUCGCCAUGGCAGCGCACUCCACCAACGCGCUCGGAAGCCUGCCCAUGGCCCCUUCCCUCCUGCGCCACCCGCCUCUCUUUCUCCGCGCCUGCAACCCGGCGCUGGAGAGGGGAUACCCGCGGACCCCGAAGUGCGCCAGGUGCAGGAACCACGGCGUGGUGUCGGCGCUGAAGGGCCACAAGCGCUUCUGCCGCUGGAGGGACUGCGUGUGCGCAAAGUGCACGCUGAUCGCCGAGAGGCAGCGGGUGAUGGCGGCGCAGGUGGCGCUGAGGAGGCAGCAGGCGCAGGAGGAGAGCGAAGCGCGCGAGCUCCGGCUCCUGUACCCCGGCUCCGGAAUCGGGGGCCAGGCUGGGAUGAGUCAGGGAUCCCCGCUGGGCCACGGGUGCGCUGCGGUUACCUCUCCGACCGCUCCGAGUUUUGAAGUUUUUGGAGCCCAGAAUGACAAAGAGGAUGACAAAGUGAGCAAAUUCAACUUCUACAACGGAUUUAUGGGCCAACCACUGUUUGUGUCCCCCAGCGCCAGAGUGCCCUCUCCAAGCCACAAGUCGAUGUCUCCAAGCAAAGACACCAGCGCCUCUGCCCCCAGUGAGGGUGGGAGUCCAUCCCCGCUCUCAGACCCUACACAGAGCCCACAGAUGUCACCUUCCUCCUCUGAUCAGGAGUCUGGGAGCGACUCGGAGAAACCCAAGGACUGUCCCAGCCUGAGCCUGGACCGUGACCCCACCGACAUCAUGGCCAAGAUCUUCCCCCAUCAGAGGCGGGACACGCUGGAGUCUAUGGUGAGAACGUGCAGGGGGGACAUUGUGAAGUCCAUCGAGCUGGUGCUGAGCUCCAAGGAGAAUAAAAUGGACUCUGGCACCAUGUCAUCCUCCGGUCUCCUCAGGCCCUCUGUGCUUCUGCCGGGAGCGUUCAGCACUCUGGGGGCCAGUAAGUCCGCCUUCUCCCCUCUCCAUGGGCCCCCACACCCCAGUGGAGACAGCCUGUAUGGGCUCGGCCCUCGGCUGGGUGUGGGUCCUCUGCGGUUGGCCCCAGGGAGCGGUGGGUUCUUGCCCCCUUACAUGACCUCAGGACUGAUGCCGCUGCUGACCCUGCGCCCACCUCUGGACUCAUUCCCGGGAAUGAUGCGGGACUUUUCUUACAUUCAGAGCAAAGACUCCCUGAGCAACACCGCAGCUCUUUAUACACGUCUUAACGAUGACAAGUGA